AUGGCGGCGCCCAGCCUCCGGGGUCGCCUGGCGAGGCUUGGAAACCCACGGAAACCUGUACUGAAGCCUAACAAGCCCCUCGUCCUCGCUAACCGCCUCGGGGAUGGGCGCCGGGAGAAAGGCGAGGCGACCUGUAUCACGGAGAUGUCGGUGAUGAUGGCUUGCUGGAAGCAGAAUGAAUUCCGCGACGAAGCGUGCGGAAAAGAAAUCAAGGACUUUUUCGACUGUGCUUCGAGGGCUGAGGCAGCCCGCAAGAUGAGAUCUAUCCAGGAUUCUCUGGGAGAGUCUGGGAGAUUACCAACCAAGAAACUGAACAAACUGUUACAGAGGUUUCCUAACAAACCUUAUGUCAGCUGA